CGAGGCGGGCACCCGGCGGAUCAAGCUCUUGAAGGCGCGGGUGUCGCUGCGGGCCGGGUUCAGGUGGAAGACCUCGGGCUCCAGCAGGCCGGCCCGCAGCGUCUUCAUGAAGCGCACGGCCGAGCACGUCAGGAUUGCGGCCGCCGGGAGCGGCGCCAGCGACAGCCUGGAGGGCUUCAAGGCUCACGCCGUCUUCCAGGAGAUCAACAAGAAGCUGCAGGAGGACGGCGCCGCGUUUGUGAAGAAGAUCGGCGGCGUGUUUGCGUUCAAGGUGAAGGACGGUCCGGGCGGCAAGGAGGCCACGUGGUUCGUCGACGUCAAGAACGGCAGCGGCUGCGUGCACAACGACAACGACGCGGCCAAGAAAGCAGACUGCACCAUCGCCAUGUCCGACUCGGACCUGCUGGACAUGAUGACGGGAAAGAUGAACCCGCAGAUGGCCUUCUUCCAGGGCAAGCUGAAGAUCACCGGCAACAUGGGCCUGGCCAUGAAGCUGCAGAACCUUCAGCUGACCCCCGCCAAGGCCAAGCUGUAGACGUGAAGCCACCGACCGUGGGACCCCCACCCCCCCCCCCCCCAAGUAGGAAACGCUGGCCUUGACUUUUGACUUCCACUACGUGCUGGUUCCGGGUGAAAAAUUGCGUAAUGAGUCGAUAUUCAAGUGUACCUUUUUGUGUGUGUGUGUGUGUGUGAGCGCUAGGCUACGAUGCAGAGUGAAGAGAGAUGCAAGUAACAUUUUUUUGGGGGGUGGGGUGGGGGGUCUGAACAUGACUUUUCAGGGUGAUGUUUUGGAUCCAAAUGGGCAACACGCAAGGUUCGCAACUCCAAAUUAGAAACGGACUCCAAUGACAUUUAAUUUCAUUUGCGCCGAUGUUGGCCUCGCAGUUCGACCGACCGGGUUCUCAUCCCCUCAUGAACUUGCUUUUCUAUCACUUUUGCGGUGACUUGACAAUAAAAACAAAAAAAAAUCAUAAAUUGUAUCACAUUUUUUGGUCGACAUGAUUGCGACGCACGAAGAUGAUGAGGUGGGAUAACGGACGACGCCGUUUGUCCCCCUCAGCCGAUUGCAGGUCACUUUUUUGGUUUUACCUUUUUGAGGCGUCCUUGGUGACUCCGGACAAAAGCCCCCCCCCCCCCCGGCGAGGACGAACUUAUGUGUAAAAGGUCGAGAAUGGCAAAGCGUCUGCUAGUUUGAUCCCUAAAGAAGAAGAAGAAGAAGAAGAAGUAGGAGUGCAGGCGCUCGGGGCCCCUUGAACGUGCAUCAGGCUAGUUGGAACCACAGCUGAGUUGGUGCCUCCCCCCCACCUUACCGAGUUCCAGCUGGACCACGCAAGUGCUGACUUGACUCCACUUGCUUUGUGUGCCUUUUUUUUUUUUUUUUUUACCGCAGUAACUCGGGACUUGCUCAGAACUUUCCAAUUUGGACUUGUUUGUAGGAGGGGCCUCCAAGAUGGAGUCCAACACGUGUUUUCCAUUUACUGGUUUCCAUCCCUUCUCCCGCUUUUCUUUUCUGUUCAUUUGGGCAACACGGGGGCUGCCGCCUUUUCUCUUUAUUUUAUUAUUGUAGCGACGGGAAAGCGCGUUGCGUUCUCGGGCUUUUGAACUAAGCUUUAGCUCGCAGGCGCGCGACAGAAGCUUCGGUACCGCCGCUCCGACCCGACUGCGGCCGGGACCCGCGGGAACGCGUCGACAUCCCCGCACGCACGAGGUCACCGACAGCUUUUCAGACACUUUUUUUUUUUUUGGGGGGGGGGGGCAACAGUGCAGUUGUCGGAAAGUGGGCCACUUUGGAAUUGUUCCUGUUGUUUUUGCAGAGAUGUCCCACUCUGCGACGUGGCCUCCGGUUACGCUGACGACCGACAGUAAAAAUGCAAAAAAUGUUUUUUUAGGCUCCGUGAAAUGGUUUUUAGGGCUGGCUUGGGACCUUUCAGUGGGGUUUUUUUUUUUUUUGUUGUUGUUGUUUUUCUGUAGAAAAAAAAUAAUCACCAUUCGGCAGUCCAAUCUUUGUGAAAAUGAACAAAGUGCCAAGCGGAACAAGCGCUGAUUGUUUUCUAAUGAUCUGUGAGAUGACAAUAAAGUUUGUUUCCAAACGAGCUACUUCUCGAUUAUUUAUGUGUCCAGGAAGAAAAACUCAAUCUGGACUAACGACCCAGUUAUGAGCUUAACUAACUAAGCGACCCACGAAGGAAACACGA